AGAAAAACGAGAAACACAAUGUCUCAAAAAGUAGCAUAUUUUCUUGAUCCAGAUGUUGGAAAUUUUCAUUAUGGCCCGGGUCAUCCAAUGAAGCCUCAUCGUAUAGCCCUAACCCACUGCUUGGUGUUGCAUUAUGGCAUUUACAAGAAAAUGGAGAUUUAUAGACCUUACCGGGCUUCCGGCCAUGACAUGUGCCGUUUUCAUGCUGAUGACUACAUAGACUUCCUACAGAGAGUAACACCUCAGAACCACCAGCAGUUUACAAAGCAGCUUGGCAUGUUCAAUGUGGGCGAUGACUGCCCUGUGUUUGAUGGUCUUUUUGACUUCUGCUCCAUGUACACAGGUGCCUCUUUGGAAGGUGCUAUCAAACUCAACAACAAUCAUUGUGAUAUUGCCGUAAAUUGGUCUGGAGGACUCCAUCAUGCCAAGAAGUUUGAGGCAUCUGGAUUUUGUUAUGUGAAUGAUAUUGUGAUAGCUAUCCUGGAACUUCUCAAAUUCCAUCCUCGUGUGCUAUAUAUAGACAUAGACAUUCACCAUGGUGAUGGUGUACAGGAGGCGUUCUAUCUCACAGACAGAGUCAUGACUGUGUCCUUCCAUAAGUAUGGCAACUUCUUUUUCCCAGGCACAGGUGACAUGUAUGAAAUAGGGGCAGAAAGUGGCCGUCACUACUCUGUAAAUGUUCCUCUCAAAGAAGGCAUUGAUGAUCAAAUGUAUAUGACGAUAUUCCAGGGAGUGAUGAAGUCUGUGAUGGAGUUCUACAGACCUACCUGUGUUGUGUUACAGUGUGGGGCAGAUUCCCUAGGGAGUGACAGACUAGGCUGCUUCAAUCUCAGCAUCAAAGGUCAUGGAGACUGUGUGAAAGUGAUUCGGGAUUACAAUAUUCCUAUGCUGGUCUUAGGAGGAGGAGGCUACACUAAGAGGAAUGUAGCCCGAUGCUGGACGUACGAGACUGCCGUGUUAUUGGACGAACAGAUCAGCAAUGAAAUCCCCUAUAAUGAGUAUCUGGAGUAUUUUGCACCAGACUUUGCACUUCAUCCGGACAUUUCAACGAAACAAGAAAAUCUCAACUCAAAACAGUACCUUGAUCACAUUCGCCAAACUGUCCAUGAAAAUUUGCGGAAUCUUAACAAUUCCCCAAGUGUUCAGAUGCAGGAUGUACCCCCAGAUCUCCUGAGUCUGGAAAAUACAGAAGAACUUGACCCAGACAUCAGAAACCAUCAGGAUUCUGUGGAUAAACGGAUUGAACCACCAAACGAGUUUUACGAUGGAGAGAAGGACAAUGAUAAGGAAAAUGACGGUUUCUUGGAAGUUUGAGACAUAGCAAUCUCUCGGACUCGGAAAACUCCUAGAUCUAGUGGCUGUUACAGGAGCUGUUGUGUUGCAUUUCUGUGGCCAAUGAUAAGGAAAACGAUGGUUUCUUGGAAGUUUGAGACAAAGCAAUCUCUAGGACUCGGAAAACUCCUAGAUCUAGUGGCUGUUACAGGAGCUGUUGUGUUGCAUUUCUGUGGCCAUUGAGAUUCCCAAAAAAUUCCAAGUUGCAAGGAAAAACAUGACCAUCGGCUGGACCGAAGUAAGUCAGGCCUAGCAAUGUUCGAUUGGUGGCACACAAAGUAUUGCAUUGAUUCAAAUUAAGUGUUUGAUGGUGCUCACAUGUAACAUACCCUGAAAAUAUGCUCGAGAAAGAAAGACAGUGCUGGCAGUAUACACACCAAAAGUGAAGGCAGCAACAUUACUUCUCUCAAGUUGUUGUAAUGGCGUCUUGUGUGGUCAUUUGGUAUCACGACUGUAAUGAUACGUUGUAUGGAUUAUGAGUGUAGUAACUGUAUGAGUGACAGAAGAUGGUACAAGUGUUGUCUCUGUUUGAAGCUGUUGUCAAACUGAUAUUUUACAUACAUGUAUCGUUCAGUGAUACAUCAGAACCUACAUGUACAGAAUCACAUGUCUAUACAGCAGUGCAUGUAAUGUACAGUUGUGUAGCUUAACAGUUAUUUCCUUUUAGGUCACCUGGGCAAAGCACAGAGACCUUUUCUAAUCCAAAUUUGUCUGCAUUGUUCAUUUACAUUUUCAAUGAAAUUUUUCAUAAAGGUUCCAUGGUCAACAUCAAACAGAAAUUGUAAGUUGUAUGAUUCUAACCUCCAAGGGUCUGAAGGUUGGGGGCGGGGCACAACAGGAACAAAAUUCUUUACAAUUCAAAACUGAAGAACCAGUAAAAAACUGUCCAUAGAUGGAAACUCCCAGUAGAGCUUUAUCCAAAUUGUAAAUUUCAUAUGUUUGGGUUCCCCUGUUUCCCUCUAACGAGAGGUAAAUCUUAUCUUAGUUUCCCUCCAACGAGAGGGUAAAUCUUAUCUUAGUUUCCCUCUAACGAGAGGGUAAAUCUUAUUUUAGUUUAUGAAGGAAAAUAACUCUUUUGAGAAUAUUUUGUUUAUUUCAGUGAGAAAUAACACAUUCUUGUUUAUACUUAUUGUUGUAUGUAGUUUAAUGGUAUGAAAAUGUACUGACCUGAACUCUUUUCCAUCCUCCCUGUGUUUUAUCAACAUAAUAUUUAUACCGGGUCACAACAAUAAAGACAGGUUUGAUAAUAUUUUAAUUCGGGCAACUGUUAGGGCCAGUGUGCCACUUGUUUAGUGUAAUUCUCUCUUUUAUUAUGUUCUUCAUGUUUCCUAUUUUUGUAUAGAAUUUUCAUUUUGAGCAAGCUGCUACACAAUGAUCAGAAGAAUUGUUUAAAGUUAGAAAUUGCUCUGGUUUUGGUCACAAAAUAUGUUCAUCAUUGAAAGGACAAUUGAAGUCAUGGCAUCAUGAUGCACUUACCGCUUACAUGACAGUUCAACAAAUAAUUAGGGAAAACAACAGAAAAAGACAAAGUAGAUUAUUUCUUGUGUUAUCUUUCUAUUCUGAUAGUAGCAAGAGUGGUUUUCUGAAGAUCCAAAGAGGUCAGCUUAAUAGGUAAGGGGAAUUUGUUUCCAAUACUUUACCAUAUAAAGAGGAAUAUUUCCUCCGGAUUCUCAUUUUGAUAUAAAUCUAAUUUUAAAUAAAAUUACCUUUUCUUCAUUUGGAGUUCAAGAAACACACUUUUCAUCCAGCCUUUGCACUUUUCCUUUCUUUUAUCAUUUCAUUCGUUUACAAACUUGAAAAAUCCGGAGGUCAAGUGGCAUAUCAAAACGGAAGAAAUUGCUUUAUUGAUACCUAUACUUCACACAAAAUUAAGUACAUGUGAUAUACACUGCCCUUCAAGAACAUCUCUGACGCAUCAUUUUGAUUUAUUUGUUUAUAAAGAUGUAUCAAGCUCAUCCAAAAAUUUAAUUGUUUAUUUUUUCAAUGAAAAUUGGUAAUAUUUACAAAAACACUUCGGCUCCAUCAUGUAAAUGAGAGGGUCAUGGCAGAAACUUAAAUACAUGUAUUUGAAAAUGUAUAACAAAAUUUCAUGUAUAUUUUUAUGAUUUGUGCAAUACAAUUACACUGUUAAGUAUGAUCCCACCAUAAUUGUUUUCUUCUGUGGAAAAAAUAAAUAAAAAAUGAAAUGAUGUGUGUAUAAGAAUUUAGAAAAUAAUAAAAUGCUUUGUUUAUCAGUAUUUUAGAAAAAAGAAUUGCUAAAAUGUCACAUUUCAGAACUUACAUAUUUCAGUUAGCUAUAAAAUCUAUGGAUGGACUAUAGAACUUGUAUAACAAGUUAUCUGUUUGGAAUUUUGAAAUAUAUUUUUCAAAAAGUGUCUAAGGAAUCAAAGAUGACAGUGUAUAUGAUGGAAAACAGGGUUUAAAAUGUGUUAAACCAUCAGUAGAAACUACUUUUCACAUAUUUUAAUGUUUAAUUUCAUGGGUAGAUAAAAAAGGUUAAAAAAGAAAAGUGGUGCUAUGUUCAGAGUGAAGAAUGGAUUUAUGGUUAUUUUAUCGAUUGAAAUUGGUAAACGUUCCAAUUUAAUUUUAUAUGUGUAAUGAUGUGGUAUGUUGUAUGA